GCUGUCUGCUUUCCGGAUUUCCCAAGUUUAGACUGCACUGACCGAUUGCAGAGUUCACACACGACUUAUCACCACCGAAUAGGAAUAUACAUUUGUAUAAAUAGAACAAUGGCUACAAUGGAUGAUUAUUUCCACAAGGUGCAGCGGAAACAUCCGACCAUUCUGGACGACUUGCGAGAAGUUUUCAAAAACUCGCAGAGCGAUUCACCACAGCGUUCCAUAACGCUAUCCCAAAUACGUGCUGCCUACAGUCAACGAACUGGCCAGGACUUUCCCAUAAAGGGUGGCACGCGAACCCAAAUGUGUUUCGUCCUGACCAUCCCUUAUGUUGCCUGUUUCACCAGUCAAAUCGGCACAUUGCGAUUUUUCACCAUCGACGUAAGCCAGGAUUAAGGGGGAAAUUAAAAUGAAAGUCUAGUCCGACCCGUGCAAUUUCUGUAUACUUAUGCAGUGUAUAGCAAUAUUUAAAAAUAAUUAAAAUUCCAUGAAUAUAAAUUAACAAUAAUGAACUAAAG